AUGAUGGCGAUGUAUCUUAUAUUGAAUCCUGUUAUUGUGUUCUUUAUAUCAUUGGUUUCAGCUGGUGUACCGCGAACAGAUGUAACAGUUUCAGGUAUCUCCUCGGGAGGUGCCAUGGCUACACAAUUACAUAUUGGAUAUUCAAAAGACAUUAGUGGUUGUGGUGUAGUAGCAGGUCCACCUUAUUAUUGUGCUGGCAGUGGAUUAACAACCGCUGUUUGUAUGACUGGUCCUGCAUUAUACAUUUUUGUUUCGAAUCUAGAAUACAAAGUAAAAUAUUAUGCAUCGAAUGACUAUAUUGAUGAUCCUUCAAAUAUUGUUGGUGAUCCUGUUUAUGUUUUUUCGGGUAAAUAUGAUAAAGUAGCUUAUCCUGGUGUUGUUAAACUAAAUGCAGAGCUUUAUCAACGAUUAAAUGCAACAGUGAAGACAAAUUUCAAUAUGCCAGCUAAUCAUGGUUUCGCUACUGAAAGUUUUGGUGCGUCAUGUAGUUCACUGAAUUUGGCAAACUAUAUUAACAAUUGUAAUUUCAAUUUGGCAUAUGACAUGCUCAAUCAUCUCUACGGUGGCAGUCUGAUUCAACCAACACCUCAUGCAAAAACUCCAUUGCUCGGUCAGAUGCUCAUGUUUGAUCAAGAAGCAUUCAUGAGUUUUCCUGAUAAUGUGGGACAAGAAAAGAUUACACAAUCUGCUCUAUCAGAAUGGAUUCAAAACAAUAUGUAUUUAUACACUCCUGGCGAUUGGGAAUGGUCACCCUCAGGUCUAUUCAAUUUAGUAAUGCCCAAUGAAUUAUCGAACAAGAAAUCAAUAACAACACGUCGUUCUUCAGCUAGCUUCGAUGAUGAAGGUUUUAUCUAUUUUCCAUCAGCAUGUGCCAAUGGUAAAAAAUGCUCAAUUCAUGUUGCCUUACAUGGCUGUCAACAAGGAAAACAAUUUGCUGGAGAUGUUUUUGCUACAAAAGCUGGUUAUUUAGAAAUAGCUGAAUUAAACGAUAUCAUUGUCAUCUUUCCACAAGUUCGAAAAUCAUUAAUGCUUCCAAUAAAUCCAAUGGGUUGCUGGGAUUGGUGGGGAUAUAGUGAAGUCUAUUAUGCUACUCAAAAGGCUCCGCAAAUGAGAGGUGUCAAGAGCAUGAUUGAUACUCCAUUAUCUCAAUUUAUACGAGAAAAAUGUCAUGUACAAUUUCCAAUAACAUUUGAACCAACACAAAUUGCUCCUUAUCCACGUUCACUAUCAUUUCUAAUUAAUAAUUUUUAUCGGCAUUAUGUUAAAAUUAUAGUUGAUGUUCUUUUACCAAUUGUACAAUUAUCAGCAGAGAAACUUCUUAGACGUUCAUUACCACAUAUUUCAGCUGAAGAUUCAUUUCGAAAAAUUGUUAAUUUAUAUCAUCCAUUAAAUGUCUCGACUGAAUUUCGUUGGAUUCCAAUUAUUGGUCCAAAAGGAACGACAUUUUCAAUUCGUCUAGCAGCAGAUGGUUCCCGAAAAUCGCCAGCAAAUGCAAAUUCCUUACUGUCAAGUUAUGAAGCAAAAUUAACACUUCAUUGUAUUGCUGAAGUUGGUAAAGUAAAAUUCAAAAUUAUAGAAAAUCAUGUUAAUUUUGGAUCGAUACUAAUAAAUAUAACAUUAAAAGAAUCAUUCACAGUUAUUAAUGAAGGAACAAAUCAUCUUUUUUCUUAUCAAAUUACUGAUUCCAAUCCAUGUGCAGGUAUUUUUGUAAAUCCAGCAAAUGAACUUCUUUCAGCUGGUUCACAAACAAGUAUUACCGUUGAAAUAGCACCAAUUAAAUUCGAUAUUCAUUUUAGCCUAAAAUUUCCUGGAUAA